UGUGUGGAUUUCAGAGAUUUUAAGAAGACAUCUGGACCCAAAAAAAUGCAUAGCCGGGUCUCAGGAGGAUAAAUAAAGGAAACGCAGCGCUGAGCAUCCGUGAGUUUCUCUGGACUUCUCCGGUUUGGCCACGCCCACCCGACCGCGCCGCACGGAUUAAAGAACGUUAGCGCGCGACUGACUGAGGCGAAUUAAACGGAAAUCUCUGUUGCUGAUGGAGAAACAUGGCUUUGCUGAGGAAAAUCAACCGUGGGCUCCUCGUUCUGCUCAUCCUGGUGGCUUUUGCUCUUCUUUACAAAAAGACCAGACUACGGACACUGCCCAAGCAUACAGGACUCAUGAAAGAUGGGGCCAAAACGGAUGCAGAGGACGAGAAAGCCGCGGUCACUGACAUCCCUGUGGUCAUCUGUGCAUCAGAGGAGCGCACUGGCGCUGCCAUCGCAACCAUCAACAGCGUCUACAGCAACAGCCGUGCCAGCAUCUUCUUCUACAUAGUGACCCUGCGAGAUGCCAUCAAGAAGAUAAGGGAAUACAUAGAGAAGACCAAGCUGAGAAACAUCAAAUACAAGAUCCUGGAGUUCAAUCCGAUGGUACUGAAGGGGAAAGUCAAACCGGAUUCCUCCAGACCAGAGCUGCUGCAUCCUCUAAACUUUGUGAGGUUCUACUUGCCACUUCUUGCCAUUGAAAAUCACGAGCGGGUUGUUUACCUGGAUGAUGAUGUCAUAGUGCAAGGAGAUAUACAGGAACUGUAUGACAUAAAGCUGAAAGCGGGACAUGCUGCUGCGUUCGCCUCAGACUGUGAUCUGCCCUCCACACAUGAGAUGGUGCGCAGUGUGGGGAUGCAGACAACUUAUAUGGGCUUUCUGGACUACCGCAAAGAGGAAGUGAGAGAUUUGGGCAUCAACCCCUCCGACUGCUCCUUUAAUCCAGGCGUUUUUGUAGCAGACAUUGGUGAAUGGAAAAGGCAAAAAAUAACUAAACAGCUGGAGAAAUGGAUGGCUAAGAAUGUCAGGGAGAAUCUGUACAGCAGUGCUAUGGCAGGCGGUGUGGCCACCCCACCAAUGCUGAUCGUCUUUCAUGAUAAAUACACCACUAUUGAUCCAAUGUGGCACGUCAGACAUCUAGGCUGGAGUCCUGAUACCCGUUAUCCCAGAUCCUUUCUCAAAGAUGCACGCUUACUGCACUGGAAUGGCCGUUUCAAGCCCUGGAACUACCCCUGCGUCCAUCUGGACAUCUGGGAGAAAUGGUUUAUCCCAGACCCCACAGGAAAAUUCACCCUGGUACGACCAUGAACAAUAUUCAGAAUUAAACUUAGUCACUUUUACUUUAAACAAAUUGAAGAGAUUAGGUUACUGGGGAAAAAAA